ACAAUAAAUUUCAACAUGGUGGCAAUGUGGUACACAGUUUGAAAAUGCAGGCCGUGUCAUGCUUUGAAAAAAAUCAUUUUAUACUUGAUUUUGGUGGAAAAUGUCGGACCCUAAACGUGCUAGUCUUAUAACAGCGGGUGCUCCAAAAAGUGCAAAGAAUAAUGUAAAUAAAACAUUGAGAUUGUCUAUAAAUUUAGACGUAAGUGACGAAACAAAAUAUCCAGAGCUGAAUUACAAGGAACUAUACGCAGCAGCAUUGAAAAAGAAGCGUGGUGAGAACUGUAAGACAUCAGGUCUUGAUCCUUUCUCCGAUAAUGAUGAUGAUAUUAAAAGGGCUACGAGGAAAUUUGAACAGAAAUAUGGUGGAAAAAGUACAUAUGGAAAGAAGGGAAGGUCGAAAUAUGAUGAUUUUGCUGACAUUGGAGCUGGCUAUGAUGAGAAUGACUCCUUCAUUGACAACACAGACGGUUAUGAUGAGAUAAUGCCACCAGAAUGUGACACAGAGUAUGGAGGUUUCUAUAUCAACAGCGGGGAUCUUGAGUUCAAGACUGUACCUGAAAACAAUAAGCGCGGACUAUCAUCAAGCAGUAGCGAGGAGGAGUCGUCUGCGAGUUCUUCGGAUUCUGAUAGUCAAGAGGCGAAAGACACAAAGGUCAUCACCAAUGGGAACGUCGACUCACAUAAGACUGAGCAUCGGAAAAAGAAGAACAAGACUAUUGACAAGCAGAAAGCAAAGAAGAUCAGAAGAACAGAUUCCUCAGCAGCUACGUCAGGGAAACAGACAUCGGAUGAGAACGCCCCCGCGGAUGGGUCGACCGGUGAUUCAAGAUCGUCAGCUUCCGAUUCCCUCACCUCUAAACCAGCUCCUAGCUCGGAGAACAACGCCACAUCUGAUAGUUCGAGAGAUGCUGAAACAAAAGAAAUCAAACUGCCGGCCUCCGUGAACCAAAUACUGGAAGAGCUGGAGACGCUGAGCAGGUUCAAAGAAUAUCUCGGGAAGGAUGAUAGCAAGACUGAAGCCUGCAUCGUUAGAUUGGAUAAAGCUCUCAAGGAGGUUGUGGAUAAUCGUCUGUGUGAACACGCCUGGUCCAGAGCUGCUAAGAUGCUGGGAGUUGGACCGGAUGUCAUCACGCACAGGGCGAGAGAACGAGAGAAACUUGACAGUGUCCCGGUACAAAACUCGCAACCUCAGCCCAUAGCGGGUACUAAGAGGAAACUGGACGAGCUGUUAGAUACAAGCACUAUGACGCCCGAAGAGAAAGAAGCAAACAUAGAGGAUGUUUUAGAAAGGUUAAAGACAUUAAUAAAAGAACGUGAACCAGGAAUGAUGGCUACGUACAAAGCUGAAUGUGAACGAGUAGAGGAAGAGAGGAAGAAGCUGUCGAUCGGUUCAGUUUCCGGUGGUAGUACAGGGUCUGAGCGCCGUCGUCCCAAGCGUCGUUUCCCGUGGUGUGCUCGUGCCCGGGCCCUGCUGGCCCGUCUCGCAGCGCUAGGGGGAGCCCCGGAGCACCCGGCCGCGGCCGCAGCCCUUCUCACUCAGAGAGCCUUCCCCCUGUUCCCAGACGGCUUUGUACGCCUGCCCACACUACUCAAGCAGGCCGAUCUCAACAAAGACAUCAAGGUUUCAGACUUGAAGAAGCAAAGAGUCAGUUCAAUAUCAUCUCAGGCGGCGCCACAAUCUCAGCCUUCACACGCAACUCAACCAGUACAACCUAUGAUGACCUCUACACAGUUCACUGAACCCAUACAGUUCCCGAGCUCGCUCACCGUCACAACCUCCGUCAAAAGUAUAGACAGGAGCGAAGACGACAAAUACAAAGUGAAUCCAGCCAUCGGCGCGCUGAUAAACUCGUACACGCUCAACAAAGACCUAGUUAUAGAAAAACCGGAAGACAGGAAGACCGACAGGAGCAAAGAGGAGUACAUCCCCGCGAAUAGUAUAGGCAGCAUCACGAUAACACCCGUCGUCGCCAAGGACAAGAAGGCGGACAAGGCCAAGGAACCCCUGCUGAGAGUUAAGUCACCGGCCGCCUUGAACGAGAUGAUACACAAGAAAGAUAAGCCCAAGAAACCAGAGAAGAACGUCACCCUGUAUAGAGAUAAAAGAUUGGAGUCCCCUCUGCACGUGGAUAUCAGUGGGAACACCAAGAAAGAUUCCCAGAGCCCCAAGCUCAAGGAGGAGAUAAGUCAGAAAGUCAUCGAGAACAUGCGCUCAGUAGAGAACAACAUACCCAGGCCGGCCUUGAUAUCGGUGCACCACUCACCCACCUUCGUCAAACCUGACAAGCGGCCGCCGGAAGUCAAGAAGAAGAAGGAACCGUUAAUAAUAUCGGACGAAGACCCGCUCAGUGACGUGCGCGAGACGAACGAGCUCGAUGAUAAUAGUGAUGUGGUGUUCAUGGGGGAGGUGAGGGACAAGUGUGAGAAUAGUGAUGUGCCUUCGGACGUUAAGAGUGACAAGUGUGAGGACCUGACUGACGAGACGGCCAAUGAGGUUAUGAAGAACUUAAGAGAAAUGGCGCACUCACAGGAACCCGCGAGCCAAAACAGCAGUUCGUACGGCGGGGUCAUAACAAGUGCAGGCAAGAUGUCUUCCAAGAGCACAGGGCGGGCGGAGUCGCGGAGUAAUCUAGAAAGCUUCUUUGAAGAUGGAGGAUGGGUGGGAUGAAAUAUGGGGAAUAUAGACGCAGGCUGACUCAGACACGAAGGAAUCAUAUGAUGAUUCACCAGUGGUCGUCCGCUGUCGGGGACGCUUAACACUGUAAGACACAUGUUCAGUUGUCUGUCGCUCUGUUUGUACGACAAUGUGUCCGUAUCUAACGCUGGUUACUUUUAAUUUUCUUCCACAUUUUCAUGAACAUUGUAUUCACUUAUGAUAAUUGUAAAUCUUACGGUGUUAAGUAUUUUUCGCCGGAUCGUCGUCGGGCUGUCUGAAGGUUGGUUAGAGUGAUCCUGAAUUGAAAUUAUACAUAAUAGUUGUGUAUAGAUAUUUUGUAUAAAGUAAUUAGUUAUACAAGGACUUCUGCAUCGGGACUGCUCCACGGACGCGUGUGACCGGUACUUGUCGCUCGUUGAUGUAGAAUCGAUUUAUUUAUUAUUUUUAACUAAUGAAGUAAAAACCGAUUCGUCGUGUUUAAAAUUCUAAAUAACUCUAAGAUGCACUACGAGUUCCGUUUAUAGUAAUAUUGCAUAAUCAAUUGUGAUAUGAAUUUGUAGAAUGAUUUAAAAUUAUGCAUAAUAUGAAUUUUAAAUCGGUUUUAAACUAAAGGAAUUCGGUCCCGACAUGGCGAACUAUAUUUUGUCUGUCGAUCAAAAUCAAAGCUACUACUGCCAGUGUAUUCUAUGUCCAAAGUGUGGAGCAGUUAUUUUUAAUACUGAGAUGAAAGUUUAUUUAUGCCAAGAUUAUAAUUUCAGUUUGUAAUUAAAAUGUGAAAAAAAUCUGGAUAUCAAAAUUAUGGCCAAUGUAAUAACGAAUAAAUAUUUAUAAUAAAUAAAA